GCCUUGUAACGAGCGAGGCAUGGACAUGGCGCCGUUCCCGGAUGGCAUCUACGCCGAGAUCCGCGCGGCCGUCGCUGGCGCCAUUGCCAAGAGCCUCGUGCCACUACCCACCCCAGCGUCGAUACGCGCAUCGCUCUCCGAGUACGUCCCGUUGGGCUACGAUCCAUGGCCCUACAUUGAAUGUGUUGAGCUCCUUGCCAUUUGCCCUCAGAGUCUGCCGAGCAACGACAGUGACAGCACCGGGCGCGAUCACCCACUGGUCGAUGGUAGCGCAGACGAUGCAGUGCCUCUCGCAAGAGCCAUGGGACCAGACGACGACGUGCGACCACGACACGGCAGCAUCGCAGUCGAUGUCGACGCCCCACAACCGACACUGCGCCGCGUGGCGUCCGUACCAGCGAGUGGCUCACCCACUGCGCACCGCCGAUCGCAGUCGCUUGGCAGUAUGUCGCAGGCCCGUCCCAAAGUCGUCAGAACCCUCGAGACCCAAGCCAGCACCAAAAAGUACCAUACGAUGCAGCACUAUCGGUCGAUGGAUGCGGGCGUCGAGGAUCUGCUUCGAGCGCUCGUGCUCGAGCACAGUACGUGACCGUCGACUCGCGUCCUAAUCCAAGCGGCUAGUCGCGGAGCCGAGGCUAUGUAAUUACAGCUUGUUGGGCCCUGCUAGCACGUGUGCGAUGGUUUUGAUGGCAACACUAAGAGCAUCCCCAGGAGUCGUUUUCA